GCCUUUUAGGUACCCUUAUUCACAAAGAGCAACCCAAUAGAAUGUGUAAUUAUCAGAGUACCAAUGAGUCUCACCCAGAAGAUCCAUCUAAUGAGUCCCCGAAGUCGAUAAUUCCUGAGCAUACUCUCACCCCUCCGUAUCUUCCAAACCAUCUAAAAGGAGAGGUUCGAGCUCAGUCUCCUCAGUGUCGUCCUAAGCAAGAAGAACGAGCCCCAAAUUAUCUUAGUGUCUUGAGCCAUAUGAAAGAUGUGGAUACAUCAUUAUUCUUAGGAGGCGCAAACCCCUUGGAGGCUGAUGAAUGGAUCAAGCAGUUGAAAAGGAACUUCAACUUGACUAGGAUGCAGUAUCUUCCACCGGAGGCUAGGGAUGGCAUUGAGCUGCAGUUUAUUAAGCUAGAACAAGGAAGUAGGUCUGUUAGGGAGUAUGAGUCGGAGUUUCGUAGGCUUUUAUGUUUUCUUCAAGAAGAUUAUGACAAGGAGCAAGCUGAUAUUCGUAGGUUUACUAGGGGGUUGAGACCAGACAUCCAGACAUGUCUAGCUGUUAGAGAGUUUCAUCGGCUAGUAGAUCUUGUCGAAAAAGCUGUUCUAGUAGAUGAAUGCAUUCAAGAAGAGAAGACAACAAGGGCUGCAACCUUCACGUUUGGAAGCAAGGCAGCACAUCCAUCAUGCACUCAUCAUGAAGGCACCUCUAGAAAGAAUAAAGGUGGAUUUGGAAAGAAGAAAAGCCGCGAGUCCGCUAAAGUUUGCUACAACUGUGGUGAUCUAGGUCAUAUUGCCCGAAACUGUAAGAAUGAUGGUGAUAUUGUAGGUAGAAUUGUCCCGGACGUAACUUGUUUCCGGUGUGGCGGAAAAGGACAUUACGCCACAUCUUGCCCCGAGCCCCAUAGGUUACCUCCACCCUCAGAUAGACCAGUGUCAAUGCCUCCCCCAAAGCGUCAAGCCCUCAAUGCUAUGGAUGCUCCCGUUUCUUCUUCCGGUAACAAGGACCCGAUCACGGGUUAGAAAGUCUGAUCUAGUGUAAAUUGAAGCCUAAUCUUUCUGUUUGUACGAUAUUAUCGGCACUAUAAGAACCUGAUGCUACCCGCUGUGUGACUCUUUCAAUGUCCGUCACUACCUUGUUUAUUACCUGAACACCAAUGUUUAAACUUCCUCCCAAUCAAUAAAGUGCCUAUCUAUAU